AUGUUGUACAGGAAAGAACGUAGCUACGCACUAUUACGCAGUCAUCAACAAUAUUUAUCGAUUACGGAAACCGUGACCUGCGGCACAUUGGGACCGAUUUCAAAUUCAAAUAUUCCCGCAUUGAAGAAGUUCAGAGCGGCAGUUACCGUUCGGCUAACAAUGUUCUUCUCUGUGCAACAUCUCAUUGGUCAAGAUGCUAAAUUUUCUUUGGUUUGGAGGGCGGCAACAUCAGGUACCGCUAAGAAGCUGCCUCGAAGGGCUGUACUUAACCUGUCAGUAUCCAAUAUGUGUAAGGAAAUUCUGAAGUUUGCUCCAACUGGAAAAUAUACCGAAGCAGAGUUGAACUCGAAAUUUUCGUUAUACUUGCUUGGACAACUAUUAUACGGUACUGUACUCAUCUAUGAUCGACAGGUCACUCUAUUCAAAAUCGAUGUGCAAGCUACGUACGAAAAGUGCAGACGACUUCCCAUGGAGGAGCUUCUAAAUGCAAGAGACCUUUUUCCUGAGAAGAAACGUCAUCGUCGCUCUAAAAUGAUCGAGCUAAAUGCUGGAGAUAUCGACAUAGAUGAGCAACCUGAAAGCAGAUUUGUUGGACUUGCUCGACGUUGUGAAAUAACUAUGCUGGAACUGGAAGCUGAACCGCUCAUUUGGCGACGACAAGAUUUGUUCAGCGACGAAGAAAUUCAGGCCCCAGUCGUCUUCAGCAAAGAUGGUUUUAUCGACUGGGACGAUCAACGAUCUUCUCAAAGCUCCAAAGAAUCGAUCAAAACAAUCUCCGAGCGUCGCAAGGAAUUUUCUUAUCUUUCUUAUGCCAUAGAUUUUCUUGAGUACUUGCCACCUCUUCCACAAGCGGAAGUUUUCCAAAAUAUGGAUAGGAAAAGUUCCAUGGAAGAAACGCAAAUGGUGGAUGGAGCUGGAGAUGUUGGCCAACAGAGUGUUGUUCAACCGGAGGUAACUACUGGCAUUCAGCCACUUAGCGAGAACGGACCAGCUACAAAGAAACCACGAAUGCAUGAGGAAUCACAUCAAGAAAAACGAGAACAGGCUGGCGAUGCAGUAACAAUAUCGUUGGAACUCAGCCCUUUACAUGAUGAAACUAAAGAAGGCGUGAAUCUAGUGAAGAGAAGAAAGGCUCCACAUCUGCUGGAUGUUGAAGGACUGUGCAUCUCAUAUGAAUCGAUGAAGAAGAUGCAUUCGGAUUAUUCUUCCCUAUUGCGAACGAAAGAAGAGUUGCGAGCUGGUAUGGCACAGGACAAGUACCCAACUCUUCACGAAUUGUUGCUCCCAUACCCUGCAUAUGCUAGAAAUAGGUUCCCGAAAGAGUGUAUCGAAUUAUAUCGCAGUAGAUUCUCUGACACCCUCACCUAUGAACAGGCUCUCUGUGAGAAUCUUUUUGACCCGAUCAAUCGCGGACCGCCAUCACAACUGUGGCGUUAUCCUGGGAGCGAUCAGUCCUCCAAAGAUGACUCGGAGUAUGACUUGCUUCCUGGAAUCGCUUUCUUGCGCGAAACUCCAGACAGAAUUCGAGCUGCGGCGAGUGGCGGAACUUCGCGCGAUGGUGAUGAAAGAAGUAAACGAGCUAAGGAGGCCGAUUCCGCUUUGCUAACUCCUGGAAAGGCGACAAUAAUGGAAACACCUAAUAGGGAAAAAGAGACUUCGACAGUUGAAGGUGGUCAGGGUGAUGCUCAUAGAAGAAAUUACCAUUCGAUGCCACCUGGUUUUCCGGCAGCUACGGUCGCUGCAGACACUAGUUUGCCGCUUGGUGCAGAUAUAUCUCUGCCUGAGCGCGAACGUUUUAGGGAAUCUCGUAGCUCCUUUUUUGAGCAAGCACGUCGGAUUACUCGAGGAACAGAUGACAUGGAAGGUCGCCCAUCCUCUGUACAACUUCAAGAUCCCGCGCUGUUGGGAGAUAUUUCGCAAGCAUCUAUGUUUAGUGCCUCUGGAAGGGUGCUUUCACUGUCAUCUUCCUUACGAGAAAAGAUUACAUCGGAGGAAGGUCGCCUCAUUACCGACGCUACCAGAGAGGCAAAUAGACCAAUCCCAUUUUCAUCUCUGAUCCCUCCGGCUGUAACAUCGAAGAAACGUGCUGCACGUGUUUUUUCAACACUGUUAGAUCUUGCUGGAAAAACGGUAGUCGAAGCUAAGCAGAUUGAACCAUACGGAGAAAUUUGGGUUCGAGCUUGUUCUGCCACAACUAGCAGUGAUCACGAUAUAGAAGGAAUGACAUCCGGAGGAAGUUUUGUACCAGCGUUCGACGCUAACAUCAACCAUCUUCUUGGUAUUGUCAUCAGCUAA